AUGUUGAAUGGAUUAUUUCGAACAAUUCAAUUAUCACAUUUCCCAUGGAAUUGUAAUGACUUUGAAUCCUUGGCUCAUCAAUCUCAAUUACUUAUACAUAAUGAUUGUUUAAAGGAAGUUGUUUUAAUAUUAGAGACAGUAAUACAAUCAACAGAUUUAUCUUUAAAUUAUGCUAAAAAAACAUUAUUGAGAUAUUCAAUUCUAGGAUACCCUUUAUCAAAUGUUUGGAAUUCUUUAGUAACCAACAAAAUGGAAAUAUCUAAACCUGUCACGGAUUAUGUUAGAAAAGCUUUAAGAAAAGCUUAUGUAAUGUCAUUACAAUAUUUUUCAGAACUUACAAUAAUUAUGUCUCAAAAUAAUGAUUGUCCGGCAGCACUUUAUGCUAGAGAAAUAAUGUCUGCUACAAGUGUCCUUCUUCAUGAAGUUGAUGAUGAAUUAAUAAGCAAGUUCACUUCUUCCUUAUCUAUUAUUCCUCGAACUCCGGAUUUGAAAGUUCAAAUUUCUGCAUUAGAUGCUGCUACAAUUCUCGCUUUAAAUUUUCCACAAACCUCAACAAAUAUGAUUCAAAUAAUAAGAAAAUUUCUGACCACACCUUCAACCAUAUUUGAAUUGGCUGUAACAGUUAAUACAAAUCUCACAAUUCAACAAUAUGGCAUUGAAAGAUUAGCACAUUGUCUCAAGGUGAUGAGUCAAGAUAUAUCACAUUCCGUAAUUUAUAAUCUUCUCGCCACACUUUCAGGUAGUCUUGAACGGACUCCUACUUCACCAAAAAAUUUAUCCUCCCUCUCCGUAAAUAAUUUAAAUAAUUCAGAUCAAGCUUCAAUACAUAGUAAUGAAGAAUUACGUCAUCAAAUGUUGGGAAAUAUUAUUUAUACGGCUACUGGGGUAGCGCGUAUUUUAAAAGAUGAUAACGUACCUUUAGAUGAAACUAUUCUUGAAGAAUUUGUUAAUUUGGCUUUAAUUUCUUCGGAAAAAAAUUUUGUGGAAAUAGUACGAAAAUUUUCGGAUAUUAGUCGUCAAUCAUUAUCUCCUGAUAAUAAAAUAGUUACUACUGCGGUUCUUAGAUGUCAGCAAAAUUUAGCUGAGAGAAUUAGUUGUAGACCUGAAUUUUAUGAAAUAUAUUUAUUAAAAAUUUUAUCAUUGUUUGUGGAAAAAGGUGUUUCAUCCCUUGCAGGUGAAAUCGGAAUUUUAUUACCAGUUUUAAAAAUACUUUUAUCACAUAAAGAUUUUAAAUUGAUGAAUGCCUCCGAAGAAUUAGUUGGGUUGUUUCGUAAUUUAUGGUUUCAUUGCGUUUUAUAUGGAUUUGUAUCGGAAGAUUCCUGGAUGCGAGAAUGGAGAGAUUCAUUAAUUGUGAUUGCACAAAAAACACCACCACUUGUUCAAGAGUCAGCUAGAAAUUAUUUAGAAAGUGAUUUGGAAUUUAAUUCCGUUUUAGUUCGAGGAAAUUCCGAUCAAGAUCUUUAUGCAGUUAAAAAUGCGUUAUCAUCAUUUUUACCAAGUCGAGCGUACGAAAUUAAAUCUUUUUCAUUUGCGGAAAUUACAUUUUUACUCUCAGUUUAUCAUAUUGAGAUGAUGAGAAGUUUUAUGGGUCAAUUCUUUUUUAUUCAAAGAUAUUUUGUUAAUGAAGGAGUAAAUUCUAGUAAAUUGAUUGGAUGUAUGGAAGAAAUUUGUAAUCAGGAAUGUUCAAAUAGAGCAAUAGCACAUACAAUUGAUGAUGAUAUUCGUACUCAAGUACGAAAUCUUAUGAUUGCCACUUGUCAUCGUUUAAAUAAAGUUCAUCAAUUAGCCAUUAAACAUUUAGAUAGUUUGAUGAUAGCUUUCCCAUCUUUUUUGUGUGAUAAAAAAUUAUUAUUUUUAUUAUUGGAAUUAAUUGAAUUGGUUUGGCAAAGUUGUGAAGCGGAAUAUGAAAAUGAAUAUUCUCCAAUAUAUACAUUUACUUCUAUCAAAGUUGGAGUAACCCUUAAUUUAACUGAUUCAUACACUUAUCGAAGGGAAAUGUUAUCUCGAUUAUGCGAAAAUUCUAAAAAAUGGCUUUCAAUAGCCAUGGCGCGUGCUCCAUCCGAAAUUCGAGGAUUAUUGGAAGAUUAUCUCAAAAAUUUUGAUUCAAGUCAAGUAGAAAAUUCCAUUCAUAUGGGUCGUUCAAUUGCUCUUGAAAUUGGUAAAACAUUUUCGAAAUUAAAUUAUAGUGCACUUACAUAUCCACGAAUACCUACAACGGUAGUAGAUAAUAUUUCAGAAUUUAUAAAAGAUUAUUCUGCAAGAAAUUUUUAUCUUGGGCAAGUUAUUGGUGCUCAUAAGAUUGAAUUUCCUUCAGCUAAGAUAACAGAUCAAAUCAUAAAUGAACAAAAACAAAAAAUGCGAAUUUCUUUGCAAAGUUUAGAGAGAAGAGUUCGUAAUGGAUCACAUGUUUCAUUUAAGGAAUUAAAUAGAAAAUUACAUUUUGUUACUGCAUUAUUGGUUUCUAUGCCAAAACCAGAUGAAGAAUUGGUGAAUUAUGUUGUAUGGAUUCCUAUAUAUUUAUUUACACUUGAAUCCAUAAAAAUGGGAAUUUAUCUUUGGAAUUGGAUAAUAAAUGAAAAACCUAUACUUGAAAAGAGAGUUAUGACAGAAAUUUCAUUGGGAUGGAAUUGGUCAGUGAGGAAUCGUAAAGAACCAUUUGAGAGUAAAAUGCAAUAUGCACCUUCAGAUAAAGCUACUAGAAAUCAAAAUAUGAGAUUGGCCAAUCUUUUAUUUGGGCCACAUUUAAUUUGGAUACAAUGGUUAUCUGGUCGUUUUCAAGCAUUUCGAUAUCGAUGCGCUGAAUUAGUUCAUCUCUAUGUGAGAUUUUUUCAAUUAACACUUGAUGAAUGUGAAAACGUCUGUAAUCAUGCAUUGUCUCGUGAAGGAAGACUUCAAAUUAUUAUAUUAGGUUUUAGAAUAUUACAAUCGAAUAGAUCCGAAGCAUUGAUUGAACAUAAAUUCCGGGAAGGAAUUUAUAAAUCAGCUUUCUCAUGGUUUUCUCUUCCUCCUAGAUGGAUUUAUGAUAACAAAGAUAGAGGUGGAAUUAUAAAUGAUACAGAUAAAUCCAAAAAAUUGCUUUUAUUAUUUUUGGAAAGUGAAAUAAAUAAUUUAAUAACAUGGAUUAAUCCAUCAAAUUCACCUGAUGUUAUUAAAGAUACAUUUACUCCACAUAUUGAAAAAAGCAUGACAGAUGAUAACUGGAAAUCAAUUAUUCGUCAUUCGUGGACAUUAUCUCCAAGUUUAUCAGUACAAAUGGCAGCUAGAAUUAAACAACAUCCAAUAAUUCAAAUUGAAGUACAAAAAUUAUUAGCUAAUCAUUCAGUAGAUGCUGUACGUGUAGCAGAAGCAUUACCUUUAUUAUUGGUACCUCCAAUAACUGCCGUUUCAUAUUUUUCAACGAAUUAUAAUAAUCACUCUUUAAUUUUACAAUAUGCCAUGAGAGCACUUGAAUAUUAUCCAGUUGAUUUGGUAUUCUUUUAUAUACCUCAAAUAGUUCAAGCUUUAAGAUUUGAUAAUUUAGGUUACGUUGAACGUUUUAUUUUGGGUGCCGCCAAAAUAUCACAAUUAUUUGCACAUCAAAUUAUAUGGAACAUGAAUGCAAAUAUGUAUAAAGAUGAUGAAUGCUUAAUUCCUGAUCCAUUAAAACCAACGUUGGAUAGAAUUAUUGAUAACAUAGUAAAUUCAUUAUCAGGAGAAGAUAAAGCAUUUUAUGAAAGAGAAUUUAAAUUCUUUGGUGAUGUAACUUCAAUAUCUGGAAAAUUGAAACCAUAUAUUAAAAAAAGUAAAUCUGAUAAGAAGGCCAAGAUUGAUGAAGAAAUGGCUAAAAUUAAAGUUGAUGUAGGAGUAUAUUUACCAAGUAACCCUGAAGGAAAAGUUGUUGGUAUAGAUUAUAAAUCUGGAAGACCAUUACAAAUUGGUGAUGAUUGUAGACAAGAUGUUUUAGCUUUACAAUUGAUUGCUAUUUUUCAGAAUAUUUUUACUAGUGCUGGAUUAGAUUUAUAUCUUUUCCCUUAUAGAAUUGUGGCUACUGCCCCAGGUUGUGGUGUAAUUGAUGUAAUUCCAAAUUCAAUUUCACGUGAUCAAUUGGGUCGUGAAAAAGUUAAUAGUCUUUAUGAAUAUGGAGUUGAUUCAAUUGCCUUCGAAAAGGCAAGGAAUUGUUUCAUCCAAGCAUGUGCAGCUUAUUCGGUCGUAUCAUUUUUAUUACAAAUUAAAGAUCGACAUAAUGGUAAUAUUAUGUUGGAUGAUGAAGGUCACAUAAUUCAUAUUGACUUUGGUUUUAUUCUUGAUAUUGCACCGGGUGGAAUUACAUUCGAAAGCUCCCCAUUCAAACUUACAACUGAAAUGAUUCAAGUUAUGGGUGGUAGUGCUGAUAAUCAACAAUUUAAAUGGUUUUCGGAAUUAUGUAUUAAAGCCUAUUUAGCUGCAAGACCAUACGCUGAGAAUAUAUGUCAAGUUGUAGGUUUGAUGUUAGGAUCAGGACUUCCUUGUUUUAAAGGUGAUACAUUAAAAAGAAUAAGAGAUCGAUUUCAAAUUGAUAAGACAGAACGUCGAGCAGCUGAUUAUAUGAUUGAAAAGAUUAAUCAAUCUUUUGAAAAUAAAAGAACUGUUUGGUAUGAUAGUUUUCAAAAGGCUACUAAUGAAUAUCCAGAUGAAAUUAUUAUCUUAAAUGUUGGAGGAGUUAAAUAUGAAACAUAUCGGUCAACCUUAACAGCUUAUCCAGAAACAUUUCUUGGUACAAUGUUUCAAGAAAGAAAUCAAGAACUAUUAAAUUCCCGAAAUGGUAACGAAUAUUUUUUUGAUCGAUCAGGACAAAUAUUUCAUUAUGUGAUGCAAUUUUAUCGAACAGGAAAAAUAUGUUAUGGAGAUCAAAUUGGACCAAUGCCAAUAAGUUUAAAAGAAAUAGAAACAGAAUUAGAUUUUUUUCAAAUACCUCGAUCUACUGCAUCAGCUAUAGAUAAAGUUGUAAUAACGAAGGUGACCAAUCUAAUCAAUGCAUUUAAACAAUUAAUUAAAGAAGUAGCAGAAAUUUAUAUGAAAGAAAGUUCAUUUAAAAAUUUUAAAGCAGAAAUGCAAAUAUUAUUCUUAGAUAAUGGACAAGCCACAGUAAAUGUGGAUAAAAAAGGGAUAUCGGAUAUAUUUGAAAAUACCAAAAAUUAUGCAUAUUACAUUAUGGCAUUAUAUAAAGAUGAAAUUAAGAGUCACCUUGAAAAUGAAUAUCCUGAAUUAACUUGGGUACAUCAACAUACUAGUGGUGAAGAUUUACAAUAUUGGAAAAUUAGAAUUACCAUAGAUUGGAAUUUAAAUUAUGAAAAAGUUUUGGCUAAUGUUUUAAAUAUUUAA